AUGUCAAACUUUGAAGAACAAGGCAAGGUGUUUUGGCAAUGGCUGGAGAAGAAUGGAACUGACUUGAAUAAGGAUAUUGCUAUCAAGGAUUAUCGUUCUGAGGGAGCGGGUCGUGGUAUUGUUGCUACAAAGGAUAUCAAGGAAGGUGAACUCUUGUUCUCUUUACCCCGUUCCAUUUUGCUCUCACACUUGACAACUUCCUUAAAGGACUUGUCUUGUGCCCAAGAAUUUGCUUCUUUGCCUGGCUGGAGUCCACUUAUUCUUUCCAUCAUGUAUGAAAGUCAAAAACCUGACUCUUUCUGGAAACCUUAUUUCGUGUGUAUGGGUGUAUGUACAACUCCGCACCGAAAAUAUUCGACACUUUUCACAAAAAUUUGAGUUCCUUUAGUCAUGCAUUUUUUUAAAACCAAAAACUUGUUAAUAAAAGGUAUCUCAAAUUCUACCAAACUUGACAAAAUAGCAAUAUAUAU